AUGGUCACGUUGUUCUUCUACUGCUACUGCUACCGUGAUCACUGCAACGACUGCUACUCCUACUGUUUCUGUCGCUACUGCUACUGCUACCGUGAUCACUGCAACGACUGCUCCUCCUAUUGUUUCUGUUUCUGUCGCUACUGCUACUGCUACCGUGAUCACUGCAACGACUGCUACUCCUAUUGUUUCUGUUUCUGUCGCUUCUGCUACUGCUACCGUGAUCACUGCAACGACUGCUACUCCUAUUGUUUCUGUUUCUGUCGCUUCUGCUACUGCCACCGUGAUCACUGCAACGACUGCUACUCCUACUGCUUCUGUUUCUGUCGCUACUGCUACUGCUACCGUGAUCACUGCAACGACUGCUACUCCUACUGUUUCUGUCGCUACUGCUACUGCUACCGUGAUCACUGCAACGACUGCUACUCCUAUUGUUUCUGUUUCUGUCGCUACUGCUACUGCUACCGUGAUCACUGCAACGACUGCUACUCCUACUGCUUCUGUUUCUGUCGCUUCUGCUACUGCUACCGUGAUCACUGCAACGACUGCUACUCCUGUUGUUUCUGUUUCUGUCGCUACUGCUACUGCUACCGUGAUCACUGCAACGACUGCUACUCCUACUGCUUCUGUUUCUGUCGCUACUGCUUCUGCUACCGUGAUCACUGCAACGACUGCUACUCCUAUUGUUUCUGUGUCUGUCAUUACUGCUACUGCUACCGUGAUCACUGCAACGACUGCUACUCCUACUGUUUCUGUCGCUACUGCUACUGCUACCGUGAUCACUGCAACGACUGCUACUCCUAUUGUUUCUGUUUCUGUCGCUACUGCUUCCUGCUACCGUGA